AGCUCAGUUCUCGGACUGUGGGUGUUUACAUGCGAAGCGCUGCUGGGCCCUGCGUUUAUCCGUCGCGACCGCGCUUGCGACAUCCGGUGAUACCUCGAGACCCCCGGCCCACCGCCUGAGGGUGAGAUGAAGGCGCUGGCUUCCCGAACCGUCCGGACCUGCGACCGCUUUUGGAAGCCCGAGCCAACGCUCCUGCCCCCGGGGUGACGUGCAGGCCCCAGCCUGACCCAGAAAGAUGGCCCCAAGCCACGGGUCGCAGGCUACCCAUCUGUGGAGGGACAUUCAUUCCUUCUACCUCCUGUCUCCACUGAUGGGCUUCCUCAGCAGGGCUUGGAGCCGGCUGAGGGGCCCAGGAUCACCAGAGUCCUGGCAAGUGCAAGCAGUGACAGGAGCAGAUCAGGGAGAAGCUGGUUUGGAGGUAGAUGUCUCCACUGCCCCUCAGGUCCUGUGGGGCAGAUGCCCUCAAGGGGAGGCAGAUAACAGUGGAGCAGCUGAAGAUGGGAAGGCAGCCUGGAUGCCCUGUGUUGGCCUGGAAUCCAGUAAUAGUUCCCCUCCUGAAACCUGGGGACUUUCAGAUGGUGACAAUGAGGAAUAUGGCAAGAGAGAAGGAAGCAAUGUCCCUGGAGAUCAGGAAAGGGGAUUUCUGGAGGGCCAGCUUGCAUCCUUGCCCCCUGGCCUGCUGAUAAGGGGCCUGCAAGGUUCUGAUAGCAAGUCUGGGGAGGAGGCUGCUGAAGAAGAGGGAGGGACGGAACUCUCUUAUCCUUCAUCACACUGGGACGGUUGUCCAGCCGUGGAGGAGGACAGCAAUGGAGGAGCAGUUGAGGAAGAAGCUCCUGGAGCCUCUACCUUCUCAGGAUCUUCAGAAGACAAGCCUAGCACUUGGGUGUCCUGCCCAGGGGAGGAAGAGGAUCAAACCACGGAGGAGGGAAAAAGAACAGAAGCCAGGGAGAUCUCUAGUUCUCCCUCAUCUUCCUACCCCAAGGCCUGGGAGUGUUGCCCCGGUGAGACACCUGAGGAGAGGAGAGAAGCUGUUGAGAAAGGAGAAGCUAUCUCAGAACCAGCUCCAGCUCCGAGACAGCUGCUCAGGGGCUGGGAAUGUCAGCCUCAUAAGGACUCAGAGGACCACGAGGAGGAGGUGGAAGAGGGCACUGUUGUAGGAGCAGCAUCUAUCCUUCCCACAGGGGUCUCCUUGGGGGUCUGGGUGUGUUCUCCUGGAGAAGUCACAGAAGAUGAAAACAGUGAGCCGGAAUCGGCAGAAGGGGAGGAGGAGGAGGAAGAGGAGGAGGAGGGAGCUGAGGCUUUCUCACCCACCCCCCCUACAAGUGCUUUCUUGAAAGCCUGGGUAUAUAGGCCUGGGGAGGACACAGAGGAGGAGGAGCUGGAUGAGGAAGACAAUGAGGACAGUGAGUUGGAAUCAGCUGACGAGGAGGGAGUUGAGGCUUUCUCACCCACCCCCCCUACAAGUGCUUUCUUGAAAGCCUGGGUAUAUAAGCCUGGGGAGGACACGGAGGAAGAGGAAGAGGAUCAAUUUGAUGAUUCAGAAGCUGCUGAGGGAGGAGAAGCUGCUGAGGGAGGAGAAGCUGCUGAGUCAGGCCUUGGAUCCACCCAGAUCAGAGGCUGGGUCUGUCAGCCAGAAGAGACUGAAGAGGAGAAAGCACCUGCGCCCCUUCCCUUCCAGGUGGCCAUCUAUUUACCUGGAGAGAGGCCACCAGCUCCCUGGCCAGCUCCCCAGCUGCCCAUCCGACUGCAAAGGCGGCUCAGGUCAAAAGAAACCCCCACCCAGGAGCCAAACACUGAGAUUCCUCUAAACACCAGAAAGGUGCGAUUUUCUGAGGAGGUAACUGUCCAUUUCCUGGUCGUCUGGGCAGGACCUGCGCAGGCUGCCCGCCGAGGUCCUUGGGAACAAUUCGCCAGGGAUCGAAGCCGCUUUGCUCGCCGCAUCGCCCGGGCCCAGGAGGAGCUGGGCCCCUGCCUCAGCCCCGCCUGGCGGGCCAGAGCCUGGGCCCGACUGGGGAACCCCCUCCCAUUUCUGGCCCCCCAGACCUCCACUUCCUCCCUCCCUUCAGAGGCCCCAGACCGGGCCACGUACCCUCCCACCGCCCUGUGGCCACGCCCCACCCCACCCCCCUCCAGUGAAACUCCAGCUCCUGGCUUGUGCCUUAGUGGGUAUGAAACAAGGAAUCAGGGCACAGGUUUCUCAAGCCUGUAAUCCUAGCUCCUCAGGGGGCUGGGAUCUGAGGAUCUC